AUGAAGUCAAAUACUCAAACUAGGCUGGCUAUUAAGCGAGCGGGUCCUGCCUUCCCUACCUUGAGGCUUUCUUCUUCUUCCAGUCACUCAAAAGACCCCGAGAUCCUCGAAUUAUUGAGCAUACCCAAUCUGAAAGAUGGCCGUGUUGUCAUAUUUUGGCUGCUACAACUCGUCAGCGCGAUAUCGUUCAUAACAUGGCUCGGGAUAGCGAACUACGUUUCCAAGGAUCGUAACCAGCCUAUCACCUCACCCAAAUCCACCAACACUACAUUGCCGGGAAAUAUUACCACAGUACGUGAUAUUGGGUAUCGCUCCAAUAGCAUGGCUAUGCUCAUGUCUGUCGAUGUUUGGUUCGCGUUGGGAACAAUGGCGUCUCUUGACGCGUUUGCCAUCGUCUUCAACUUCAUCCGUGCUCUGAUCAAUCGCUUCCAUUACGCAGUAAGCCUGCGUAUGAUGUUUUUGGCAUCGAUAGCAGCUUUGUAUGUUUGGUUUUGGAGGUCUGGUGGUAGCACUUACGUAUCAUCCCGUCUCGUUGCCUUGCUACUUGGGACAGCCGUCUACUUUGGUUUCGGCAAGCUUCUCGACAAAUGCGAGGAGCCUUUACCAAUUGCCAAUGCAGCUUGUCAUGAAGGAACAAUACAACAAUACAGGACAGCAGGCUUUGGGCUCGUCCUGUCAGCAAUUGUACCUUCAACAUGGUCAAGCUUGAUUCCCAUAUGCCAUGCUGCCUUUGAGGCUGUUUUCCUCGCUGCCAUCGGCGCCUCGAGAACACCUCGAUACAUUGUAUUGUCAUCAUCUGUUCUGCAGUCCACUAUCUGCCUGCACUGGGGAGUGCGGCCGUUAUCCACGUCCUUGUCACUUAGUGUACCGCCCUGCGUGUUCGUUGCCUCCCUACUCGGAGCACGUUUACUGCUCGACGGCCACCUGCCAACUGUAUUUCGACAUUCUCGAGAACUGUAA